AUGGGAGGACCACUGGAAACCGCCAAGCUUCCUCUAAAAGGCAAAGCAGACAGAUGGUUGCUUAACUCUUCUCUCAAUUUGCACUGCACCAACUAGCAACAGGACCAUGGUAAACAAGGCUUCAGUACAUGCUUAGGUCAUUGCUAUUGUACAGGCUCUGUACUAUACCACUCUCGAGAGACACAGAGCAGUGUGACAAGGAUGGACUUCUGUCCUACAUUUUUCCUUCAGGGUAAUGAAGUGUAACCCAAACUGGUCGCUCGUGCUCCUCAAGAGACUGCGUUCUCCAGAGAUGCUCAGGAACCACUGACAUGCCCUGAUUUUCUAUCAGUGUGUCCUCAUGGUACCAGAUAGAAGAGCCUGCUGUUUGAUGAGAGAACUAUCAGACAGAAGAUUUGACUGGAAGGCUCGGGCUUCAUCCUCAACACCCCCAUCCUCAAAACCCUGUCAGACACACCGUCUGACCCACUGCAGUUCCUCUCACAAUACCAGACCAGGUGA